GAGGUGGAGGUGGGAAUAGCCGUGUGGAGCUGCUGGUGUUCGGCUAUGCCUGCAAGCUGUUUCGAGAUGAUGAGAAGGCUCAGUACCAGGAGCAGGGGCGACACCUUAUUCCUUGGAUGGGAGACCCCAAGAUCAUGAUCGAUAGGUCGGUGUACCACAACCCCCAGACUCUGCUGCGAGAUCUGUUAUAGCCUCUUUCUGUUCCUCCCCUUAUACUGUGGGCAAGCGAGGGCGGGGGAUGAACAAUGGAGGGCUCGCUCUGGCCGAUCAAUGUGUGGGGAUCUUCUUCGCUGGCAGACUUGGAGGGCUGCUCCUCCUGCUAGGGUGCUUCGAGCGCUGCUGUUGUAAGGCUGACGUCCCCCAGGCAAUGGGAAUUUGGGGUUCCCUUCUCUGGCAGUGUGGGGAGGUUCCCCUCCCUCAGGCAUCCAGUAUGCAUUGUGUCUUCUUCUCCACUUGCUAGGACAGGGUUUGUGGAGUGGAGACUGAAGGUUUUGCACCUUUUCAGUGCAAACGUGAACUAUUAUCUAUUCUCACAUGGAAAUCAAGGAAGCCCUAUUGCGUUGGAAUGCUUAUAGGAAGCUUUCUGCGUUCGCUAAGCAGCCAGGGUGUAGGGCAGGGAGAUAAGACAUUUACCCACCUUAGGGAAAGUGGGGCUUCUGUACUUCUGUGUAAUCUGACUGCAAGCUGUUGAUGGGAUACCCCAAGAGUAAUUUGUGGUCUAAUCACUUUUUCCUUGUGCCGCGCGUUAAUCUAUAUUAGCGGCAGAGUGGGUCUCAUUUGGGGUGUUUGCUCUUCAAAUUUUAUGACAGAGGUGGCUUUUUAGGUUGUUUUGCAGUACUUACAGGUUCAUGGCCAGAGAGUGUUAACAGAAUUUAGUGGUUUGGUUUUUCUUCUGGUCUCUUAAGAAGUCUCAGUGGUUCAGGGUGGGAUUUAGAAGUAAUUUAUUCAGAAUGAGUUUUCUGAAUAUAUAUCUGGAGAAAGAAAAUUAGAAGUCAGGUUGGGUAUAUGUGAGUAGAGCACUGAAAGUGCUAUUUAUGAGAAGUUGUGGCUGAUCCUGAAAAACUCAGUGGAAAGAUGGAAGGGUUUGGGUUUGAAAAGGAUCACAUGACAUACUAUACAUAUUUGUUCCCUCAGUUUCAUCAUUGGUGUGAUGCUAAGCGUGAUUUUUCUUGUUUCGAUUCAACACAACAGUAUUUGGCUUGAAAAAAAAUCCAUAAGAAUGCAGGAAAAAGAGAUGUUCUUGUGCUAUUUUCGAUUCUUACUGUUUAAUUUGUUAAAUUGCAAUAAACACAAAAACAUGAAUAAGUUAUAUUUUAUUCUUAAGUGAGAAGUGUUAUAACACACACUUCUGAGAGUGGCUCACUUGCAUGGCACAUUUCAUUAGGAGGUAGAGGCCAUUUUUGUGGUUCUGUACAGCAGUAACCCAGUUUUUUGUAGUUAUGGAAAUUGUUGGGAGCAAAAAUGAAGUAUGUGCAUGUAUGUACAUACAUACAAUACUAAAAAGUUCAAAUAACAUACAUUUGUAAGUUAAGGAAGCUUGCAUUUACUAAUCCUAUAAACUACUUUGGAAGCUUAGGUUCUUUUUAUCUCCAGCAGCAGUCUUCAUUUUCACCAUUUUGAGAAAAGCACAUUGCUAUAAGAAGACAUGGGUUGAAGUUUGCCUGUGGACAGAGCUUGAUUAACCAGACCUACGUGUUUCAUUAACUUUGCUAUUAGAAUAUUUACUUUCUUUGUUUUUGGUCUAGCAAGUUGGCACAAGUCAAGAGUUGUGUGUGGGAAGACACCUCAGCGGAGUGGAGUUUACUGUCACUUUUCAAUCAGUUUCUUUUACUGAUGCAUAAACAUUAUCCCAAUGCAAUGCUUUUCUUGCAAAUAAAAUUUUCUGCUUAGUAGAAAGGAAGUGUACGUCAUUGAUCUUUGCCGUUUUUACGGUGAACCUCCUUGAAUUGCAUGUAUAUGUUACUGUUCCUAUGUAUGUGUGUCUCUCUAUCACAUAACCCAGAACUUAUUUCCUCAGCCAAAUGGCUAGGGGCCGAGCCUAGCCAUGAUUUUACCUCCAAUGGACGCAAGUUUCUAUGGUGAAGAUAUCUCCUGAGAGUUCGGGACUAGCAGAAAGAAGCGAGGAAAUUUCGACCGUUUGGUUCUUACGGAUAGGUAUGAUGGGCGUGGUCACCUGCAUGACCUUUCUGAAUACGAUGCUGAAUAUUCUACAUGGAACAGAGAUUAUCAGUUGUCUGAAGAGGAAGCUAGAAUAGAAGCCCUCUGUGAUGAAGAGAGAGGAGGAAUAUAAAAGACUGAGUGAAGCCUUGGCAGAAGAUGGUACCUAUAAUGCAGUGGGAUUCCGUUAUGGCAGUGAUUAUUAUGACCCUUCAGAACCCACUGAGGAGGAGGAACAUCAGCCUGCAAAACAAAGAGAAGCAGCUCAGACAGAAAAUGUAGAAGAAAACGAAGAACCUUUUGUUGCCCCUCCAGGACUGAAUGUACCUUCUGAUGUGGAACUGCCACCAACAGCAAAAAUGCAUGCGAUUAUAGAACGAACUGCAAACUUUGUCUGCAAGCAGGGAGCACAGUUUGAGAUUAUGCUAAAAGCCAAGCAAGCACGCAACUCCCAGUUUGACUUCUUGCGAUUUGAUCACUACCUCAAUCCCUACUACAAAUUCAUUCAGAAAGCUAUGAAAGAGGGACGAUACGCAGCUCCUUCUGAAAAUAAAACAGACGAGAAAAAACACUCGAAAGUGAAAUCUGAGGAAGAGGAUGAUGAUGACGACGAUGAUGAUGGAAACUAUCUGCAUCCAAGUCUCUUUGCAUCUAAAAAAUGCAGUAGACUUGAAGAGCUUAUGAAGCCUUUGAAGGUAGUAGACCCAGAUCAUCCACUUGCAGCACUGGUCCGCAAAGCGCAAUCAGAUAAUAACUCAUCGACACCACAGUCAACGGAUGGGGCAGCUGUUCAGACAUCACAAGUAGAAUAUUCUUCUGAUUCAACUGUGGCAGCCAUGUAUUAUAGUUACUAUAUGCUACCUGAUGGAACCUACUGCCUCGCACCUCCACCUCCAGGAAUAGAUGUCGCCACCUACUACAAUGCAUUGCCUGCAGGAGUGAGUGUAUCGAGCACUACAGGGGUAGCAUCAGUACCUCCACCCCCUGGUACUACACCUCCACCUCCCCCAGACACAACUGAAAGCAGCAGUGGGUUGACCUCUACCACAACAUCUACAAGCACAAUUGCUCCAGUGGUUGCCAUUAUACCUCCACCCCCAGAUAUCCAACCUGUUAUUGACAAGCUAGCUGAAUAUGUUGCUAGGAAUGGGAUAAAAUUUGAAACUAGUGUUCGUGCCAAGAAUGAUCUCAGAUUUGAGUUCCUGCAACCGUGGCACCAGUAUAAUGCUUAUUAUGAAUUUAAAAAGCAAUUCUUCCUUCAAAAAGAAAGCAGUGACAACUCUCAGGGAGUAUCUUCAUCCGAAGAUGUUCCAGCAGAUACUGCCACUGAUACGCCAAGUGAGACUCAAUUUGCAGAUGAGCACACACCUGAAGAUGCAUCUGAGCCAAGUGCUAAGGGAGUUCCAGGAACUAAAAAGGAUGUUCCUCCUAAAAUUGUCAGUGAUGGUAAAUUGGUGAAAGCAUCAUUUGCUCCAAUAAGCUUUGCAAUCAAGGCCAAGGAAAAUGACCUUCUUCCUUUGGAGAAAAACCGUGUUAAAUUAGAUGAUGACAGUGAUGAGGAGGAGGAAGAGGGCAAGGAAGGCCAGGAGAAUGCUAAUAAUGCUUCAAACCAUACUCCAGCUGUUACCACUCCUUCUGCUCCUGCUGAAGAGAAAAAACCUCAGCUUACUCAGGAGGAGUUGGAAGCUAAACAAGCAAAGCAGAAACUUGAGGAUAGACUAGCAGCUGCGGCGAGGGAGAAGCUCGCACAGGCCUCCAAGGAAUCAAAAGAAAAGCAGCUACAAGCAGAACGCAAAAGGAAAGCUGCACUGUUCUUGCAGACUCUGAAAAAUCCCCUGGCAGAGGCAGAAACUGAGAAGGUUGAAGAUAAUUCCUUCAGUGUUGAGAGUGUCAGUAGUAUACCAUGUCCUGUGACUGCAGUCAGAACUUUGCCUACCUUAGAAGUUAAACAAGCAGAAAGGCCUUCAAGCAAAAGCAAAGAUCCUCCUAGGGAUGAAGAAAAAGAAAAAAAAAGAAAAAAGCACAAGAAAAGAUCUCGGACAAGAUCUCGAUCACCUUUCAAGUAUCAUUCUUCAUCUAAGUCCAGAUCUAGAUCACAUUCAAAAGCAAAGCACUCACUUCCCACUGCCUAUAGAACUGUCAGGCAUUCAAGACUCACAGCAUCCACAGGGACACUGAGCAUGGAACCGAGUCUGAGCAACUCAUCAAUGGCAGCAGCAACAGAGCGGGAAAGUUAUCAGGCAGCUUCGACAACGAAAAGAUUUGACUGCUGGCGCUCUUUUGAGGGAAAUCCUGGUAAAAUGUCAAGGUCACGAUCAAGGUCACCUAGGAGGAGGGCUCACACACCAGAAAGGCGGAGAGAGGAAAGGAGUGUUCCAACAGCUUACCGCAUCAGUAAUAGUCCUGGAAACAGUAGGAAACGUGCACGGUCCAAAAGUCCCCAUGAAAAGAAGAAGAAGAGGCGGUCUAGAUCACGUACUAAGUCCAAAGCUAGGUCUCCUUCACCGGCCGUGUCACCAGGCAAACCAUCCACACACAAAAAUUCUGUGCAUUCAGCUAGUGUCUCUCCUGUGGAGAGCAGGGAAUCCAGCCAGGAACGCUCCAGGGGAGUUUCUCAGGAAAAAGAUGGCCAAAUCUCUUCAGCAAUCGUGUCUUCAGUGCAGAGUAAAAUCACUCAGGAUCUUAUGGCCAAAGUGAGAGCAAUGCUUGCAGCUUCCAAAAACAUACAAACUAGUGCCUCCUGAGACCUGUUGAACUGACCAUCAAGAAAUUAUGUGAAAAAGAACAAUAUAAAAACUGCCUCAUCUCAAAUGUACAGCUGAGCUUAGCUCACUUGGUUCACAACUCUAUUGUCUAAUAUUACCAGAACUUGAGGAGCUAAAACCUAUCUUUCUGUACAGAACUGUCUCCUUGAAAUUUCAUUGAAUUUUUUCAGCCAGAAUAUCUUUGGAAAGUUUUUGGUUUUGUAAAUUGAUUUUUUGACUAAUUCUUCAGUAACAUUUUAUGAUCAGCAGUCUAUAUGUGUAUAUUUGUAAAUACCAUGUUUCUGUGAUAAAAGUAUUACACAUUAAUAAAAAACGAAACAUCUUUCAUUAGCUACA